AUGUUGAUCGACACGGGCGCGGAGAUCACAUUCAUCACUGCUUCUCUCGUGCAGCAACUCAAGCUUCACCGGGAAGCAUCGGUAAUACCGAUCAUCGGGAUCGGCGGGACGCAUUCGGGCCACACGCGCGGGGUGGUUAGCGUAAAGCUUCGGUCUAUGCACUCAUCGGACAUUGUCUCAAUAAAAGCUCACAUUUUGUCAAAGUUAAUGCCUACUCUCCCUUCAUUUACACCUCCUAACAUCUCACUUUCUCAUCUGCAAGGUCUUCCACUUGCAGACCCGGAAUUUCUCUCACCAGGGUCCAUCGAUUUAAUUCUCGGGGCUGACAUCUAUGGGCAACUCAUUCGGGAGCAGAUCAAGCGGGGGCCUCACGGCACACCGAUUGCACAGAAUACGGUUUUCGGGUGGAUCGUUCUCGGUCCUAUGGACUCUUCUCAACAGUCAGCCGGGUUGGUUCAUCACGCUGCAGUGGAUCACGGGUAUCAGGAGCUUCAGGAUCUCCUCACACAGUUUUGGGUACAGGAAGAAGUCUCGGGCUCGGGCGAAUCGCACCUCACUCCUGACGAGCAGGAAUGUGAGACUCAUUUCUUGACGAUACACAAACGGGACUCGGACGGGCGGUACGUCGUCAGAUUGCCGGUUAAAUCCGCAUCGGGGACAUUGGGCGGGUCUUUUCACACAGUUUCUUCCUGUCUCCAUCGACUACAAUGCAAACUCAAUCGGGAUUCAAGCUACAAGGGCCUCUACGACACGUUUCUCGGGGAAUACGAAUCAUUGGGGCACAUGACUCGAGUCUCGGGCAAUCACGCCCCGCUCGGGCCCAUUUACUACUUGCCGCACCACGGGGUGCUUACCACAAAGUUACGUGUUGUAUUCAACGGGUCGUGCAAUACAGAUUCGGGAAUUUCGCUUAACGACAUUCUGCACACGGGCGCGAAACUGCAGCGAGAUAUUUCGGACGUUCUCUUGUGGGUCAGACGACACCGUUUCGUCUUCGCGACCGACAUCGUUAAGAUGUUCCGGCAAAUUCGGGUUCACGAAAGUGAUUGGGACUUACAACGCAUUUUAUGGGUGGACGAGGGCGGGCGGGUCGUUUCAUUCCAUCUCACCACGGUCACUUACGGUACUCGGUCAGCACCAUUUCUCGCGGGACGGGCCCUGGAUCAACUGGUUACAGACGAGGGCGGGAAAUAUCCCGAAGCUGUCGCCCCUCUUACAAAGGGGCGAUAUGUGGACGAUAUUUACGGCGGUGCUGACCAGCUCGCAGAUCUCAUCACGCAAGCGGAGCAACUCAUCGGGAUUUGUACAGCGGGCUGCUUUCCUCUGGCCAAGUGGCAGAGCAAUCAUCCGGAGCUUCUCACGGCGGUCGGAGCGACCUCAUCAACGGAAAACGCUCGGGUAUUUGAAGAAUGGGAGACAAAAGUCCUUGGUCUCGCAUGGCUUCCUCACACGGACGUGUUCAAAUUCACGGUUCACAAGUACACAGCCGGGGACGGGAUCACGAAACGCAUCAUUCUCUCGGAGAUCGCACAAUUAUACGAUCCAUUGGGUUUUCUCUCACCGGUAACGAUUCGGGCCAAAGUUCUCUUACAAAGGCUUUGGUUAGAAAAGUUAAAUUGGGAUGACCUUGUGUCAACGGAAGUUCGCAACUCUUGGGUCGCGUUUCGGCAGGAACUAUCGCAUCUCGGGACGGUUUCGGUACCGCGGUGGCUCAACAUCGCGACGGGUACAUCGGUCGAACUACACGGGUUUUCGGAUGCAUCUCAACUAGCAAUGGGCGCAGCUGUGUACGUUCGGGUUUCGGGCGCGGGUAAUCAAACAACGGUCUCACUAGUCUGCGCUAAGACUAAGGUCGCACCGAUCAAACGGCUCACAAUUCCUCGGUUGGAGCUCGCAGCAGCGGUGCUGCUUGCUAAACUCACACACCACGUGCAAAACGUGCUGGGCCUUGAUGACUCACGGGUAUACCUAUGGACGGACUCAAUGGUAACGCUCACUUGGGUCACUUCUCAUCCUUCACGGUGGAAGGAUUUUGUUCGGAAUCGGGUAUCACUGGCACAGGAGCUCGUGCCACGGGCCCAAUGGAGAUUCACACCGGGUCGGGACAAUCCAGCGGAUUGCGCAUCACGGGGGCUAACCAUCUCACAACUCGCGCGACAUUCAUCAUGGUGGGACGGGCCUCACUGGUUAGCAAAAGACUCAUUCCAUUGGCCAACUCAUCGCAUCGGGACGGGGGACGCAGCGGCGCUCGAAGAGCGGCCAGGUCUUACACUCUCACUCGCAACAUCACCCUCACCGGUUUACGAUCUCAUCUUGAAAUACUCAUCUCUCACACGGUUGUUGCGAAUCACCUCAUGGCUCUUCAAGGUGAUUACAAACCUGAAAAGAGCGGGCGACGGUACAUCGGGUUCAGCCAACAUCACACCGGGAGACCUGGAGAACUCACGGCUUUAUUGGGUGAAAGCCAUUCAGGGAGCAUACUUCACUUCAGAGCUUAAAACACUCACAUCGGGCUACACUCUCCCGAAGUCGCAUCCGAUCACGCGAUUAACGGGCUUCAUAGAUCAUCAAGGCAUUCUCAGGGUGGGAGGACGGCUGAAGCACUCAGCCUUACUGUUCAGGAUUGAGCGAGGCCUCGACGGUAGCGCGAGAGAAUUCGGGCCGGGCUCUCGCGCUCCGCCGCUGGCGUCGCCAGUUCGCGAGUUCGGACAUUUUGGGCGCGUGCAAUUAGAGCAGCCGGGUGCUCGUUUCACGCGCUCACGGGGGGCGUCGCCACCUCCUGGGCAGUAA